AUUGGAAGAACUUGUUAUCAUCCUCACAGGGCAUCGGGUGGACAUGCAGCUGCAGCGGCGGUCUCCCUCCACACCUGCAGGGGGCAAUCGACUUCCAGAACCGCCGCUGGACUCCGGGGCCCUCGGCUUCGCCCAGGGAACGUCACCACUGCCGGCCGCUUCUCCAGCACGCUAAUGCGCAGGCGCCAAGAGCACCGCGCACCGCCAAGCCGAGGGUGGGGUCACGAACUCUGACCCCCACCCCCAAAUCCACAAACUCAGAAAGCUCCCCCGUCCCCUCGGCCUCGGGUCCCCUCGCCUCUGCUCUCUCCAGCCCAGCGGCCGCCGCGGCGGGAGGGAUAUUUUGACCAUCAGAUCAUGGCGACCAUAGAAGAAAUUGCACAUCAAAUUAUCGACCAACAGAUGGGUGAGAUUGUUACAGAGCAGCAGACUGGACAGAAAAUCCAAAUCGUGACAGCACUUGACCACAGCACGCAGGGCAAACAGUUCAUUCUGGCAAACCACGAGGGUUCCGGCCCAGGGAAAGUCUUCCUCACAACUCCAGAUGCCGCGGGUGUCAACCAGUUGUUCUUUACCAGUCCUGACCUGUCCGCACCACACCUCCAGCUCUUAACAGAAAAUUCUCCUGACCAGGGACCAAAUAAAGUUUUUGAUCUUUGUGUUGUGUGUGGAGACAAAGCAUCAGGACGUCAUUAUGGAGCAAUAACUUGUGAAGGCUGCAAAGGAUUUUUUAAAAGAAGCAUCCGAAAAAAUCUAGUAUAUUCGUGUCGAGGAUCCAAAGACUGUAUUAUUAACAAGCACCACCGAAACCGCUGCCAAUACUGCAGGUUACAGCGCUGCAUUGCCUUCGGGAUGAAACAAGACUCUGUUCAGUGUGAAAGAAAACCCAUUGAAGUAUCCCGAGAAAAGUCUUCCAACUGUGCAGCUUCAACAGAAAAAAUCUACAUCCGCAAGGACCUCCGAAGCCCUCUAGCUGCAACGCCAACGUUUGUGACAGACAGCGAGACUGCCAGGUCAGCUGGACUGUUGGAUUCAGGAAUGUUUGUGAAUAUUCAUCCUUCCGGGAUAAAAACAGAACCAACUAUGCUAAUGACACCAGAUAAGGCUGAAUCGUGUCAGGGAGACUUAAGCACAUUGGCCAGUGUGGUCACGUCAUUAGCGAAUCUCGGCAAAGCUAAAGACCUCUCUCACUGUGGUGGUGAUCUGCCCGUGGUGCAGAGCUUUCGCAACGGGGAUACAUCCUUCGGUGCUUUUCAUCAUGAUAUUCAGACCAACGGCGAUGUUUCAAGGGCGUUCGACACUCUUGCAAAAGCAUUGACUCCCGGAGAAAGCAACUCCUGCCAGAGCUCAGAAGAGGGCAUGGAAGGAAGCAUGCAUCUAAUUGCUGGCGAGCCGAGCUGCAUGGAGAAGGAGGGGCCACUGCUCAGCGAGUCACAUGUUACUUUCAGGCUCACCAUGCCUUCUCCUAUGCCCGAGUACCUGAAUGUGCACUACAUUGGGGAGUCGGCCUCCAGACUGCUGUUCUUAUCGAUGCACUGGGCACUUUCCAUACCUUCUUUCCAGGCACUAGGGCAAGAAAACAGCAUAUCACUGGUAAAAGCGUAUUGGAAUGAACUCUUUACCCUUGGUCUUGCCCAGUGCUGGCAAGUGAUGAACGUGGCAACUAUAUUAGCAACGUUUGUCAACUGUCUUCACAGUAGCCUUCAGCAAGAUAAAAUGUCACCAGAAAGAAGGAAGUCGUUGAUGGAGCACAUCUUCAAGCUACAGGAGUUCUGCAACAGCAUGGUUAAGCUCUGCAUCGAUGGGCAUGAAUACGCCUACCUCAAGGCCAUCGUCCUCUUCAGUCCCGAUCACCCAGGCCUGGAGAACAUGGAGCUAAUUGAGAAAUUUCAGGAAAAGGCUUAUGUGGAAUUCCAAGAUUAUAUCACCAGGACAUAUCCAGAUGACACCUACAGGCUGUCAAGAUUACUUCUCAGACUGCCGGCCCUGCGGCUGAUGAACGCCACCAUCACUGAGGAAUUAUUCUUCAAAGGUCUCAUUGGCAAUGUACGGAUCGACAGUGUCAUCCCACACAUCUUAAAAAUGGAGCCCGCAGACUACAACUCUCAAAUAAUUGGUCACAGUCUUUGAAAGCUGAAGUCACCCUGCUAUGAACUGAGUUUACUGUUCCUUCUCGGGACACAAGAAACCAAAUGGAACUGUUGCUUCCAGGGCAUCUGCGAAUAGUAACUUUAAGAGUAACCAAAAUUGAAAAUAUUUUUCUUUUGGAUUCCUUAAGAAGAAUUUAAGUGACCAGGCAGGGGUCAGGAAUUAUACUACCCUGUCUGUCCUAUAGGAAUGAUAAAAAUGGUACUGGGUUGUUCUUGGUGAGGAAGACACCUAAGACUGUCCCCUCCUGACCAUCUACACUAAGCUUUCUCAUUCUAUUUUAUAAAACAAAUAAACCAGUCUUUUCCCUGAACUGUGUUCUCUUCCUGUUUAAUUCCAUUGAGCUAGUACACUGUAAUAAUGAAAUACUUUACAUCUUAUUCAUCCAUAAUCAUUUUAGUUACCGGGUCAAAAGUUAUUUUAUGCUCAAUUAUAUAAUGAUAAUAUUAGAGCUAUAGGAAGUAAGAAAUGAAUAUAUAUAUUUUUUGGCUUUUAUAAACAUCAAGGUGCCCUUUAGCAUAUAACAUUCUCGUUGCUGGCAAUGAGACACAAGCCAUUUGUAUUUUCUUUUUUAGUGUAGUAGAUUAUUAGUUAUAAGCACUUUUAUUCAUUGUGGUAGAAAAUUAGUCUUGAGAAUAAGAUGGGGAUCCUGUUUUAAAAUUUGGGGUUUAACUGUGUGUUAAACAUAGUAUGGACUGCCCCCAGGAUGUGUUAGUAUUUUAGAAUGGAUAUUAAAAUAGUUGCUUUUUUCAUUCCACAGAAAGCAUCUGUUCUCUUCUCAGACAGGGGUUCAGCUUCUCCACCUUACCCUGGCCUUUAGCCAUUUUUAUUGGGUCCUUUUAAAAAAAAACUCACCUAGUUUAAGUAAUGCAAUUAUCAAAGCCAAUAUGGUUCCAAGGUGAGUUGAAUAAUUGAAGCAAUUGCUAAUUUGUAACUGCAGAGCCAAGGAGGGCUGCUCUAACAACCUCAAGUUUCAUUCUUUGCUACAACCAAAGUUCUUUAGACUCCUCAGUCUUCCAUGGCAAUAUGAUAUGACAGCAAGCAGUGGUUCUUUGUACUGAUUUUAUAAUGGAUUCCUUUAGUAAAUCUAUUCAUCCAUUUGUUGAUAUUUUCCCCAUCUCUCCUCUUCCCUUUCUUCUCUCUCCCUUCCUCCCUCUUUUCCACCUCUCUGUUUUUUUGUUUUGUUUUGUUUUUGAGACAGGAUCUUGUUACUCAGCCCAGACUAAACUCAAGUUUGCAGUAAUCUUCCUGCCUCUGACUCCCUAAUGCCGGGAUUAUAGACAUGCACCACACGCUGAUAUUUAUUUUUAAAACACAGAGAUUUUAUUGCAGCUAGAGUACAUUCUUUAUUAUUAAUGAAUAGUUUUGCUGAAUUUUUCUAUGGGGGGUUGAUUUUACUACUAAUAGUAGUAACAAAAAGUUUUAAAGUGUAGUCUUGCAAAAUGUUACCAACUUACUAUGAGGGCUUUAUUUCCUGUUUCAUUUUGACAACAGCUCUAUUUAUAAUAAGCUGCUGGGGAAUACUACAUAGAGCAUAAAAUGCUCAAACAGAAUAUUUCAGUAGGGCAUGUAUAACCUGCAUCCUAACACAUUUGUAGAUGACAAUGUCAUAUCACAGUGUCAAAAUGUUAGCUCCUUUGAUACCUUUAUCAUCUCAAGAUAAUAAGCCAAGGAUUCACAAGAAAAAAAAAGUGUCCUAAUGGUUAUUUCUUUGAGAUAUUUUUCCUGGUGAAAUUUGUAUUUACAUUGGGAAGUCUUUUGAAACUGUAUUAAAAUGUGACUUG